UAGCUUAGGUCGUCUUCCCCGUUAAAAUUGCUGUUGUUUUCAAACGUUAAACCCUAGCUUAGACCUCCCUUCAAUUUCAGAGUUUAAAAACAAUGGAUUCGGAGAGAAAAGGCGGCCGUGGAGCUAACCAAUUGCGACCUGUUGAUUGUUCCCGCAACGUUCUCAGCCGCGCUCAUGGCUCUGCUAGUUGCUCGCAUGGGGAAACCAGGGUGCUUGCUGCUGUUUAUGGACCGAAAGCUGGGACGAAGAAGAACGAGAACCCGGAGAAAGCUUGUAUCGAAAUCACCUGGAAGCCUAAAACAGGGCAGAUUGGGAAACCCGAGAAGGAGUUUGAGAUGAUACUGAAGAGAACAUUGGAAAAUAUCUGCCUUUUAACUGUUCAUCCGAACACCACAACGUCAAUUAUAGUUCAGGUUGUCCACGAUGAUGGUUCUCUUCUCCCAUGUGCUAUACAUGCAGCGUGUGCUGCUCUUUUAGAUGCUGGAAUCCCUUUGAAAUAUCUCGCAGUUGCCAUAUGCUGUUGUCUGACCGAAAGUGGAAAUAUUCUAUUGGAUCCCAGCAAACUAGAAGAACAGAAAAUGAAGGCAUUUGUGUGUUUAGUUUUCCCUAGCUCGAUUCAUUCUGUGCUCCCUGAAGGAUCGAUAAGUAUAGGUGGAGAAUCGAAGGGGGAUGGGAUUAUUACAUCUCUUACACACGGUGUAAUGAGAGUGGAAGAUUACUUUCAGUGCGUCGAACAAGGGCGGGCAGCAAUCACGCCGUUGUCGAAUAUUCUUAAAAAGAAAUUGCAAUCACAAUCUGCAAGUAACCUAUCUAAGGCUGGUUGAGCUUAGUUUAGUGGAAUUUUUUAUGUAGUUUCUUAGCUUCAUAAUUUCUUAAUUACAAUAUUUUAAGGCAAAACUCUUUAUGAUUGUAUAAUCACUUAUUAUUAUCUACCUCAGUU